AUGGCUGAUCAUUUUUCGAGAGAUAUCUUGAUCCACAUAUUCUCAAGAUUGGGUGUCAAACAACUUUGUCAGCUCAAGUGCCUCUCAGAAGAAUGGCUUCAAACAAUUUCCAGUCCCUAUUUCAAGAAACAACAGUAUGAUCAAUCGAAGAAAAGGCCAACUCUGUCUCUUAUCAGCUCUUCAAGAAAUCGUUCGUUCAGGUCCCAAUUCAUUCAUCUUUCUUCAAUAGACUCCUAUAAUCAUGUUCAUGAAUAUGAAGCUGUUGCAGAAAUUAGAGAGCGCAAUUUUGUGUGCAUUUCUGGGCUAGACUUGUUAUGUUUUUGCCAAACUGGCUAUGAAGGGAAAAUAUGGAUUUGCAAUCCCGUUACCAAAAAGACUCUAGCUUUGCCCGUUCUUUCCGAUUUUGCAGUCCACAUCAACGGGAUCGUUUAUUGGCUAGCCUUUGCGAAAGAUAAUACCGUUAGCAGUGAUCGUAUGACAAUUCUUGAAAUGAACUUGGAAAAUGAGGAAGUACAUACUCUCCGUUGUCCAAAUGGCUAUAACUUUGGGUUUUCACAUUUGGCUGAGAUAAAUGGACAUUUAUGUUUCGUUCACAAUAAAACAGAUGCUGAUAUGUUAAAUGCUUGGAUGUUGAAGGACCGUGUGAGUGAAGCAUGGUGUCUAGAGUAUAGCGUUGAGGUUCCUCAGAGUGCUUAUAACUACAUCACGAUUCUUGGUUAUUUACCAAGAAAUGAUGAGAGUACCGGUGAUAUCUUGAUUCAGUCGUUAAAAGGUAAUAAUCUCUUUUGUUAUGAAACUGAUACCCAAAAGUUCAAAGAAUUGCAGAGUUUAAAUAAGGUAAAGUUUGAGUGGUGUGGUCUUUAUUAUGAGAGUCUCUUCUCUAUAGGCAUGCCUGGAAAUUAG